AUGGCUUUCUUCCUCGUAACCUUCUGCUGCGCUUUUGCUGCGCUGGGCUCAUUCCUCUUCGGGUAUGAUUCCGGCGUGAUCUCAUCGAGUAUCGAACAAGAGGCUUUUCUAGCCCGAUUCGGCUCUCCGGGGUUAUCUGAUGCCGCCGCGGGAGGAAUCAUCUCGUCUUAUACCGGCGGCGCUAUCGUGGGCUCGGUCCUCGCCCCGUACAUUUCCGACUACUAUGGCCGUCGAAUGGUCAUCUUCCUUGGUGGUCUGCUUGCCAGUCUUGGGGCUGCCCUCCAGGGGGGCGCGGUUACCAUUGCGAUGCUUAUCGCUGGUCGAUUCAUUGCGGGCAUUGCUAUCGGCCAGAUGUCAGCUACUAUUCCUGUAUAUUGUAGCGAGGUUGCCCCACCUCAGAUUCGAGGCUUAUUGGCCAGUAUGCAGCAAUGGAUGAUCGGUCUGGGCAUCAUGAUUGCCCAAUGGGUCGGAUACGGCUGCUCCCUCCACGGCGGAGUCUUCUCUUGGCGCUUCCCUCUCUGCUUCCAGAUAGUUCCAGCCUUCAUCCUAACGAGCGGCAUCUGGUUUCUCCCGGAAUCCCCAAGAUGGCUAAUAGAAAAAGGCCGAGAAGGCGAAGGCCGCUCAGUUCUCGCAAAACUUCACCUAAACCGUACCGCAACAAACAAUAACCUUCUCGAACACGAACUCUCCCAAAUCCACGACAGCCUCUCAACAGAACACCAAACAACAGUACGCUCCUGGCGCCAGCUCCUCACAUCCCCAGCCUGGCGCCGCCGCAUCCUCCUAGCCUGCGGUCUCCAAGCAUUUACGCAAUGCUCCGGCACAAACGUUAUCCAAAACUAUGGACCACGUCUAUACAAAUCCCUCGGUUUAUCAACCUCUACCUCCCUAAUGAUCAUCGGAGUCUGGGGGGCCCUGGCCCUAGUGUGGAACACAGUGUUCAUGACCUUCAUCGACAAAGUCGGCCGGCGCAAACUGCUCAUUCCCUCCCUGUUAGGUAUGGGCGCGGUGAUGUGCGUAGAAGCCACACUAGCACGGUAUAUCGACUUCAGCGACCCACACGCGAACCAGAAUGCGCUGCGCGCUGCUAUCGCCAUGUUCUUCGUUUUCAGCCUCUUUUUCACGGCGCUCGGGAUGAUUUCCUGGAUUUACCCAGCCGAGAUUUUCCCCACGCCUAUCCGCGCGCGCGGUUCAUCGCUUGCUACAGCGACGAAUUGGAGUCUGAAUCUUAUAUUCGCGCAGUGCUCGCCUAUUGCACUGACAAACAUCGGAUACAAGUAUUUCUACUGUUUUGUUGGGUUUAAUUGGGCGGCUAUGGUUAUCGUUUGGGCCUUUUAUCCUGAGACUGCGGGCCGGUCUCUGGAAGAGGUUGAAGAUGUUUUCUCUAGUCGGGCUGUGAUCGAGGUGUCGGACCAGGGUGACCUUGAGACGAGUGUGGCUACGGCUCCGCGUUCGCAGAUUCGUCAUAAGGGGCUGCAUCCGCUUUCUAUGCAUCCUACUGAUUAUACGGUUGGCAGUGUGGAGAUUAGUACUAGUCUCAGCGGGUCGGAGAAGGGCUUGGAAGGUUAA